UGCCGCACUGUACGCACUGUAUAGUUCGUGGUCCUCUCUCGUUUUCGUUCCAGGGCGACCCCGAGAGCCCCCGAGACCCCCGAGACCCCCAGAUGCCGCUACCAGGCGACGUCUCCCGCCGGGCGGGGAGGGGGACGACCCCGGGGCAGUCGCGUCUCCCUCCCCGGGGAGGGAAGCCGCAGCGGGGGCGGGGACGGGGACGAGGACGAGGCUUAUCGGCCCCGCAGCGAAGGCCCCAGAACGCGGGCCCCGACCCUCGCAAAAGCUCCGGGAAGCGGGCAGUGGCGCAGGGCUCCGAGGGGCAACCUGGAGGUGUGGCGCUGGCAGUCAAGCAAGGGGACGAAGAUGAGAAAGACGAGAGCAGUGCAGAGAGCGACGCGGAGCUCGCUGACGACGCCGAUCAGGACAGCGGCUGGAAGCGAGAGAUGGCCGAGAUGUCCUUGGAGGAGCUUCAGCGUUUGCGGGAGACCAUCGGCACCAAGGAGUUCGAGCGCAGGAGUGCAGGGGCACGUGCAGGAGGAGCGGGGGGCGCGCCCAAGAGGAGCGACAAGAACCGGCCCGUGGAGAUGUCCUCUAAGCGCCCUGUGGGUCGCCUGCGCCAGGUGAUCUCAAUGAAGAAGGAGGUUGUGCGGGACCCACGGUUUGAUGACCUGUCAGGGACAUUCAGCGAGACAAUCUUCCAGAGCACCUACAGCUUCCUGGACUCCAUCCGUCAGCGUGAGAAGAAGGAGCUGGAGAAGGGGCUGAAGAAGGUGAAGUCGAGUGAUCGGAAGCAGGAGAUGGAGUACUUGCUGCAAAGGAUGGAAAACCAAGAGAGAGCAAAACAAAAGCAGGAGAAACGUCAGGAGGCGGAGUUGAAGGCGAAGCGUGAGGCGCGGGAGCUCAUGCUGCAGGGACACUCUCCAUUCUACACCAAGAAAUCCGAGCUGCGCAAGCAGGAGUUGGCAGAGAAGUACCAGGCGCUCAAGAAGUCGGGGAAGGUCGACAAAUUCCUGAGCCAGAAGCGCAAGCGCAAUGCACAGCGGGACCGUCGGAAGCUGCCCCCCCCCAAGAGGGAGCGGAGUUGCCCAGGAGGGCAGGAGUAGAGGGGGCAGCAGAAGACAAGCAAGGGAACCAAGGGGACUGUUGGGGGCCGAGGUCACGAACGGGCACCUUGUUCAUAUUUUAUAUUUUUUUUAGUGUGCAUUAUGCCUUUAUUGCUCGAGGAUUUGCGUGUAAUUGAAAUAAAGUGAGCGUGUUGUUGAA